GAGAGAGAGCGCAGCAGCCAAGUGAGCAAACAGAGGUAGAAAUAUUAGGUUAUCUUCUGAGAGCGAUCACACACACCGACCUGUCACUUUUACCGCUCAGAGCCGAGUGUUUUGCAAGAGAAGAAGUCCCCGGGCGGGCGGGGGGCACAGAGAACGCGGCAGCGGCGGCAGCUGCGCCCCGGUCCGGGUCUGGUCUGCCUGCGCGAGCCGCCCCGUGAGAAAAGAAAAGAGAGAAAACUCCCAAACGCGUUCGUCUCAGCUGGCAUGAGCUAACCUAACGAGUCGGACAUGGAAACCAAACCGUUCCUGUCACUGGGGUUCCUGAAGCCCCAGUGCUCGUUGGCUCCUCCCAUGCAGCGAGGCCGCUCAGGUGAGGCCUGUUCCUGCUUCAGUGGCGUCUGUCCCCUCCAUCAGCGUCGCCUAUCUACAGAUUCGUCAGGCCAAGUGACCUCCUCGCCUCUGGGCUCGCCCACCUCCCACCGGGGAAUGCACCCGUCCCUGCUCAGCCCGACGUCCAUGGGUCCCUCCGGGUCUCUGCACUCACCAAUCAGCACGCUGAGUUCACCCAUGAAUGGCCUGGCCUCACCUUUUUCUGUCAUCAGCUCACCCAUGGGGCCCCACUCCAUGAACUCACCGGGAAUGGGCUACGGCCCCAGCGUCAGCCCCCAGAUGUUCCAGCUAAACUCUCCGAUGAACUCGGUCAGCAGUACAGAGGACAUCAAACCCCCGCUGGGCCUCAACGGCGUGAUGAAGGUGCCCGCCCAGCCCUCGGGCACGGCCCUGUCGCUCACCAAACACAUCUGCGCCAUCUGUGGUGACCGCUCCUCAGGUAAACACUACGGGGUGUACAGCUGCGAGGGCUGCAAAGGCUUCUUCAAACGGACUGUGCGCAAAGACCUGACCUACACCUGCCGCGACAACAAAGACUGUGUCAUCGACAAACGCCAGAGGAACCGUUGUCAGUACUGUCGCUACCAGAAGUGUUUAGCCAUGGGCAUGAAGAGAGAAGUUUUGUUACAUGCAGCCGUUCAGGAGGAGCGCCAGCGAGCCAAGGAGAAGAGUGAGAACGAGGUGGAGUCCACCAGCUGCGCCAACGAGGACAUGCCGGUGGAGAAGAUCCUGGAAGCCGAGCAGGCCGUCGAACCCAAAACCGAGACCUACAUAGAGACCAACAUCGGCGUGCCGUCCAACUCGCCCAACGACCCAGUGACAAAUAUCUGUCAAGCAGCAGACAAGCAGCUCUUCACCCUGGUGGAGUGGGCCAAGAGGAUCCCCCACUUCUCCGAGCUGCCGCUGGACGACCAGGUCAUCCUUCUACGAGCAGGUUGGAAUGAGCUCCUCAUUGCGUCAUUCUCGCACCGUUCGAUAGCGGUAAAAGACGGGAUCCUGCUGGCGACGGGCCUUCACGUGCACCGCAACAGCGCCCACAGUGCCGGAGUGGGAGCCAUCUUUGACAGAGUACUCACAGAGCUGGUGUCAAAGAUGAGGGACAUGCAGAUGGAUAAGACAGAACUGGGGUGCCUCCGAGCCAUUGUCCUUUUCAACCCAGACUCUAAAGGACUGUCCAACCCGGGUGAAGUUGAAGCUCUGCGAGAGAAGGUGUACGCGUCUUUAGAGGCCUACUGCAAACAGAAGUACCCCGAGCAGCCUGGCAGAUUCGCCAAGCUGCUGCUGCGGCUACCGGCGCUGCGCUCCAUCGGACUCAAGUGUCUGGAGCACUUGUUCUUCUUCAAGCUGAUCGGCGACACGCCCAUCGACACCUUCCUCAUGGAGAUGCUAGAAGCGCCCCAUCAAAUGACAUAAUAACGGAGAAAAAAGAAACAAACUUUCUCGCCUGUCAUCGCCCAGUCCCUGCAGUGACAGCAGGGCCAAAAGAAAAAAGACAACCUCUCAUUUCCAACAAGAGACGGAUCACAUGAUCAUUUUUGGAUGGAGAUCCUCUCCCCCUCCUCUCGCUCUCUUUUCUAUUCCCUCGAUAUUCCCUUUGAUGUUUUUCAGAAACAAUGAAUCCAUCGUGUCUAUGGGUCUGUUUUAUACCUUGUAAAAAUAUAUAAAUAAGAAAUAUAUAUAUGAGAAUCACACAGCAGCGCGGGAGAAAGCAGCGGACUGAAACGAGAGUGAAAGAAAAACAUUGAGCCAUCAUUUUCAUCUCUGCUUGUCAUGACUUUGAAAAAAGAAAAAAAAGCUCGAGAUGAUCAGGUUUUAAUGCCCACAGUUAUGCUUGCAGGUAUAUUCGCAAAAAAAAAAAAAAAAAUAAUAAAAAAGAAAAAAAAACAGCGAAGAUGUCACAUUGGGACACUCAGCGUUGUGAUUGGGACAAUCGUGGACUCUCGGGGAGCUCGGGGCUGGUUUCACACCUGGACCUGAGCCCUGCUUCGUUCUUUCAGGACUGAUUCAACAUAAAGGAACUCGUCUGUUCCCGCCUGACGCCUCGCAGACACGUCAGGUCUUGCACUAGCCGGGUUUUUUUUUUUUGUUUUUUGUUUUGUUUUGUGUUCUCAUUCGGAGAGGGAGAUUGGUGGGCUAACAAGAUUUGAAGUGCUGAAAAAGAAAGAGAGAGAGAGAGAGAGAGAGAGAGAGAGAGAGAAAAAAAAAGCAAACCUCAGGUCUCUGCCCAAUUCCAACGUAUCCAAACAAGGUCUUACUCGACUGGCACUGUGCAGCACUGGGACGAGGAGCAAGUCAGACAACAGUCCACCACACUUCUCCCUGCCCCGCCACUUGAAUCCAGACGUUCAGCCUUGGUGGACCGGGUCGGGGGAGGAGGGUUCAAGGUUUGAAACCCCCGCCCCCCCCCCCGCUUCUCAUUUCAUGUGAAUUUCAACACACCAUGAACACCUCCACACUCACAAACCCCUGCAGCUACUCCAGCCUCCUCACAUCUACCUGUACAAGUCCAGCCACACACAGUAUUCUCAGUUUCACUGCAGCAGCUCUCAGUGGCCUCCGUCUCAUCCCUCGGAAGCGUCCAGUCUUCGCCUUCUUUACCGCUCCGCACGCCAGAGGAUCGCCCGUCGUCACGGACGCAGCCGUUUGUUUGCUCUUGUUUUUGUUUGUUCGUUUGUUACUUGGCACUUAAAACCUCAUGACCGUGGAGUCGGGUUUCCUAAAAACGGGAGAGCCGAUGUUGAUGGAAUCGACCGUCUGAGGCGGAACGUGGCCCCGAUCGGGGCCGCUCCUCAGAGGACACACACACACACACACACACACACACACUCGCUCUCUCUGCACUUCUCCAGACAACCGAGUGUCAUUCAAGCUGAACUGUUGAAUAUCUCCAUGUUGUGUAUAAAUAUGCGUUGUGCCCAUGUUUCCUUUUUCUGUUCCUCUCUUCUUCUUCUUCUUCUUCAUCUUCUUCUUCUUCUCUUCUUUUCUGCAAAAUGCUGCAGCUGCUGCAAAACUAUGCAUCCAGUGCAUUUCCAAAGAUUGUCCACGGAGCCGCUUACAAACAGGUCUGACGUUUCUAAAAACGGGUGUUUGGGAGUUGUGGGUCCACUGUGACGUUUUCCUGGAGACGAGCACACUUCAUUUGGAUUUUUUUUUUUUCUUUUCCCAUCAUUACUCUGAUUUUCCGUUCUGGUUGCGUCGCCUUCGACAGAAGCAAACGUCUCUUAACCAUCAACCCAAACCAAGACUUUCACGACACCUUGCUGAUGAUAUUUACACCUGAGAGGAAACGGUUCAGUUACAUUUUGUGGGUAGUUUUUGCUCGCAUUACAUCUUUCAGCUGUUUUUCAUUUGGACCUUGACAUCAUCUGGACCUUGGAAAUCCAAACUAAACCUGAGCACUGUGUUUUCUUCCUGUUGGACACACUGUGGUGUGUGCGGAUGUGGAGUCUUGACUGUGCCAAAUGCUAAAAUGAUGCAGUGUGCAUUAAUUAUGCACUGGAUCAUAUAAAAGUUCAGAAAAAAAAUUCGAACUACAUUGUAUUGUUUUUUCUUGUCACAUAUCCGCUUGGUGGUCAUAUCAGUCAGCUUGUUUCGGACAAGCUGACGUCAGGAGUAUCCGUCUGACCCAACAAACAACUGGAAAAUCUAUGAUGCUGAUGUCAAAUUACAAUCCAUCGUCGCUGCACGUGGGCUGUUAAGAGAGGCCAACCAGUCAAGAAGAAAUAUGGCUGUGAAAACCCAGUGUAGGAUAAAUAUGAUGAGGAGUUAUUUCAGUGAUUUGGAAAAAAAAAGAAAAAAGAAAUCGAACUUUUAAGCUCAGUUUCGAGUUUGUACCACAGAACACGGUGAUCCUCGUGGCACUAUCAAGACUCCACAGCUUGUUUUGCACCCACCAUACAAUGACCACAUGUGAGAUUUGUCCUCUUUAUUUCGGAGUGUGUUUUUUUUUUAAAAAAAAAGGGGCGUCCACUGUGAGGGAGGGACUUUGUGAAGACGCCUGGUGAUCUCCUCUCUCUCACACAAUGAAGACGAAGUUAAAGAGCGGGAGGCUUUUCAUCGCUGUGAUCCACCUCAGGAGGGCAGUUGGAGGUUAGAGCGAGCGGAGAGCUGCCGGCGCCCUCUAGUGAAACAUCCGCAGUGUUGCAAAGUUACUUGAAUUAUUUUUUUUUUCUUCUUCUACAAGUAUUGAUGAGAGAGCAGAUCGGACAGAAUCUUGGUGUCUGCACUUGUUUAAAAGUAGCAAUAACUUCAAUAUGAACCAUUGGCUCGUCAUUCCCAGGUGUCAGUAUUGACAGUUUACAGUAUUUCUACUUCGGAUGGGGAAGGGGGCAUGAAAAAAAUAAAAUAAAAUAAAUCCCUGCAUCAAGAAUUUAUUUAGGGAGUCAGAUGCUUUGUUUUUUUAAUGAACGGCCCGAGUUUAAAAUCUAAAUCCAGCUGUUGUCUUCAGUCUGUCGCCUCCUCCUCUUUAGUUUACUGUGAGCGGUGACCCCAGGGGUAUCUUAAGCCAUAAAGUGGAGGACGUGCAGGACGGACAGGAAUCGCCCACCUAGAACGAACGCUUUAUAACAUAAAGCCUAUAUUUUGUUAAUAUGUAUAUGUGUGUAUAUAUUUAUAAAUAUAUAUCAGAUCUGUUCCUCGAGUAUUUCCAGCAAUUGAAAGAGGGAGACGAGUCUUUCAGACCAAAAUGUCCACAGCGGGUGUCCCCCCUCCCCCUCCCCAUCCCCCAAAUAUUUGAGGGGUCUUCAUUUUGUCUUUUCUGAACCUCCUUCAGAAUAAAAUCCCAAUCAACCAGCAGAACGGCAGCAGCUCUGAACUCAAAAGAAACCAGCCUCUCAGCAGUUUACAGGACGUCAAAAAAAUUAAAAACGAAAAGAGAGAGAGAAAAAAAAGUGGUUGAAACUUUAAAUCCUUCAAGAUGUUUGUGUUGCUUAGCAGUUGUAUGUUUAAGACAAAAAAAAAUCAAAUCAAGGUGUAAUCAGGAAAAGCUGAGCUUGUGACACAAUCACUGCUUUCUUUGUUGCAUAGACGGUGAAAUGUUCUAGUUUGAAAAAAAGACAAAAGGACAAAAAAAAAA